AUGGCGGGCUCUCGGAGCAUGCUGUUGAGGUUCUACCUCCGAGUGUUGCUGUUCUUCCCCUUCCCAAUCUACACGGCGAUCUUCACGACAGACAGUACUCUGAUAUUCUCACUGGCAGCGCUGUCAGUGCUGGCCAUUCCGCUCCAUUUCUACUGGAUGCGGAAACGAUACGGGCCGUUCAUCACCUUCCUGGUCUGUGUCUACUUGAGCCAGACGGUGCUUUGCGUCACGCUUGGCCAGGUGCGUCGGGCGGCGCACCAUACAGCCGAGGCCGUUAAGCCAGAUACUCCGAUCAAGACCAUCUCUGUCGUUAUGGCAGCCCACAAUGAGCAUCAGUACUUGAAGUCACUUGGCUGA